AUGCAUAAUUCCAAGAAGGAAGUAGUGACUCAUAUGUUAUCUUGGGUAUUUUUUUUUAAAGUGGAAUCGAAAAGAGAGAAAGAGAUGUCUCACGGGUCUAUGAAGGACCAGACCCUGAUGUGGCAGCAAAAUUCAUACAUGGGAGACUCCGGAAUAAAUUCAGGAGUGACCACGCAAGCUCCUUCGCUGACCGGAAAAGAAGAAGAAAUGGAGGAGCAAUUGAUGUUUGAUUUGGAUCAAGAGUUCACUCAGGGAUUCACUCAGGAACAAGUGGACGAAAUGAACCAACAAUUGAGCCAAACGAGAUCGCAAAGAGUGAGAGCAGCCAUGUUUCCGGAAACCCUGGAAGAAGGAAUCGAAAUUCCUUCGACGCAAUUCGAUCCGGGUCAACCGACAGCGGUCCAAAGAUUGGCAGAACCGAGUCAAAUGUUAAAACACGCCGUUGUGAAUUUGAUAAAUUAUCAAGACGACGCGGAUCUCGCGACGAGAGCCAUACCGGAAUUGAUAAAAUUGCUAAACGAUGAAGAUCAAGUGGUGGUUUCCCAGGCCGCCAUGAUGGUGCACCAGUUGUCUAAAAAAGAAGCGUCUCGUCACGCAAUAAUGAACAGUCACCAGAUGGUGGCAGCCUUGGUUCACGCCAUAUCCAGCAGCAACGAUUUAGAAACUACGAAGGGAGCUGUAGGAACGCUUCACAACCUUUCCCACCACAGGCAAGGGUUGCUUGCAAUUUUCAAAAGCGGAGGAAUCACGGCUCUCGUAAAACUGUUGAGUUCUCCGGUAGAAUCCGUGUUGUUUUAUGCCAUCACGACGUUGCACAAUCUUUUGCUACAUCAAGAGGGUUCGAAAAUGGCCGUCAGAUUGGCAGGCGGUCUGCAAAAAAUGGUGGCUCUCCUUCAAAGAAACAACGUGAAAUUUUUAGCCAUCGUUACGGAUUGUCUUCAAAUUCUCGCGUACGGCAAUCAAGAAUCGAAAUUGAUAAUCCUGGCAUCUCAAGGACCCAUCGAAUUAGUUCGCAUCAUGCGAUCUUACGACUACGAAAAAUUACUGUGGACGACUUCGAGAGUUUUAAAAGCACUUUCUGUGUGCGUGAGCAAUAAGCCGGCGAUAGUCGAGGCCGGAGGCAUGCAAGCACUGGCCAUGCAUUUGGGACAUCAAAGUCAGAGACUCGUUCAAAAUUGUCUUUGGACGCUGAGAAAUUUAUCGGAUGCGGGUACGAAAGUUGACGGACUCGAAGCAUUGCUUCAGAGUUUGGUUCAGUUGUUAGCGUCGACGGACGUGAACGUGGUGACGUGCGCAGCCGGAGUGUUAAGUAAUUUGACGUGCAACAAUCAACGCAACAAAGUGACCGUGUGUCAGGUGAACGGAGUAGACGCUUUGGUGAGAACCAUCGUGAACGCAGGAGACAGGGAAGAGAUCACGGAACCAGCCGUGUGCGCUCUGAGACACUUGACUUCGAGACACGUCGAAGCGGAAAGAGCUCAAAACGCAGUUCGUCACAAUUACGGUAUUCAAGUGAUAGUAAAACUUCUUCAUCCUCCGAGCAGGUGGCCACUGGUGAAAGCGGUCAUAGGAUUGAUCCGCAACCUGGCACUAUGCCCGGCGAACCACGCUCCGUUGAGAGAACACGGAGCAAUACAUCAUUUAGUCAGACUUUUGAUGAGAGCAUUCCAGGAUACGCAAAGACAAAGAUCGUCGGUUGCGAGCAGCGGGAGUCAGCAACCGGGAGCAUACGCGGACGGGGUCAGAAUGGAAGAAAUCGUCGAGGGAACGGUCGGAGCUCUUCACAUUCUAGCUCGGGAGUCUCACAAUCGCGCCAUCAUACGCGGUCAACUCGUGAUUCCGAUAUUCGUUCAACUUUUGUUCAACGAAAUCGAAAACAUUCAAAGAGUGGCCGCCGGGGUUCUUUGCGAAUUGGCUUCGGAUAAGGAAGGAGCAGAAAUGAUAGAGCAAGAAGGAGCCACGGCUCCGUUGACAGAACUUCUUCAUUCCAGAAACGAAGGAGUCGCGACGUACGCGGCAGCCGUUUUGUUCAGAAUGUCUGAAGACAAACCCACCGAUUACAAGAAACGACUUUCUUUAGAACUCACGAAUUCGCUUUUCCGCGAAGAUCAAAACAUGUGGAACGGAGGCGACAUAGGAAUGGCUCCCGAUAUUCAGGACAUGUUAGGGUCGGAUCAAGGAUAUGACGGUAUGUAUGGCCAAAGUCCCCCAUCCGUUCACAGCAGUCACGGAGGAAGACAGUACGGAAAUCAGGGCUAUGACACGCUACCAAUAGAUUCAAUGCAAGGAUUAGAAAUCGAUAGUCACGGUCCCGGAUCGAACUAUGGUCCCCUCGGGGACGUCGGAGGAGAUUCGACCGCGUUGGAUUUCGAUCAUUUGGACGAUUUGCCUCAACCCCCCCAAGACAACCAUCAAUUGGCCGCGUGGUACGACACAGACCUUUAG